UGAUACCCUCCCUCUCCCUCUCCCUCUCUCUUCUGUUCGGUUCACUCUUCCCACCGUUUCAAUAAUAUUCACACACACUCUCUCUCUCAGUAUCUGUUUGUUUUCUCUGGUUGCGGCAUGAACGUCACCAUGGAUGCGGAAUCAGAGAAGCGCUCUGCAUCCACCUCCUAUUCUACUUCUCCGUCUUCCUCUUACUCGUCUUCGUGCGACCGUUUGGAUCGGCUCCUCGACACGGAGGAGAUUGAAGCGGCCGAGACUCUGGCGCACUUGGCAAUGCGCGAGACUCACUCCGCCGAUAAAUGGUGCAACCAACCCCGAGUCACGCGCGACUCACCGACUCAACACUCGGAAUCGGAUCUCUCGCACUCUCCCCUUGGCCCUGGGGGCCAAGCUAUUGCAGGUCAGCAGCUAGAUGAAAAAGUAUCCACUACUACGUCUGCAGAAACAGAACGUAUUCAGCAGGAUGACUGCUCGAGAGACAUGAAGGUGGAGCAGGAUGCUUAUUUAUUACCUAACUCAAGUAACUCUUUGGUUAGAUGCAGCAAGUCAAGGCGAAAUUUAACCGAGGAAGAAAAAGAAGCAAGGAGGGUACGCAGGAUAUUGGCAAAUAGAGAGUCAGCUAGGCAGACAAUUCGCCGUAGGCAGGCUCUGUGUGAGGAGUUAAACAGAAAAGCUGCCACUUUGGUGGUGGAGAAUCAAAACCUGAAGAGGGAGAAAGAGUUGGCUUUGAAAGAGUAUCAGUCGUUGGAGACUACAAAUAAGCACUUAAAGGCACAAAUAGCCAUGUCAAUAAAUACUGAAGUGGAGAAAGCUCCUGUUGAACCUGAGUCAUCUGUGGCUAAGGUAACACCUUUCUCUGGUAAUGGUCCAUGGUUCCUUUAUAACCAUUUUCCAGUUCCACAGAUAUUUUGGCCUUCCAUCCUUGAGUCUUCCAAUCCAGUUCAUUUACAAAAUGCACCAUUUAAUUAUAUCGCCAUUCCAUCCAAUGCUAAUGUUCCAUGUUCUUCCGUGUCUGAAUCAUGUCGCAAGCAAAAUAGCCUUAUAAAUGAUAAUCGAACACAAAAUCCAUGUUACGUGUUUCCAUGUCCUUGGUUAUUCCCUCUUCCACAGUUUGGAAAUGGACAAUCAUCAUCGCCUUCCAGUAGCCUGAAAGAUAAACAAGAUAAUCUUUCUCAAGGUAACCAAUGUAGUUCUAGUUCAUCUUUGAAUACACUGGCAAAUGUGGAUUAUCAAGCAGCUCUACCUAUCAAACUUACAACAGAAGCUUCUGGCUGGGCAGAGCCCAGACCUGUCAAUGACCAUGGCUGUGCCACUCCAAUAUUUUCUUUAGAUGGAGGUGAGAAGAAAACAGGAUGUAACUUUAUAGAAAAGUUUCAUGGACCUGUACUUGGAUGUAAUGGUCAUGCUUCUGCUGUCAAACCAGAACAUGAAUUUCAAUUACAUUCUGCUCCUGACAACAAAGUAUCUUCGACAACUUAUAUUGCAACUUCUUCACUGGAAAAGAAACAAGAGCAGCAGUUCAUUUGCCCGGGGAAAAAUCUAGCGGAUGUAGUUGCUGCAGCAGAAGCAAGAAAGAGGAGAAAGGAAUUAACAAAGCAGAAAAGCAUCCAUAACCGCCAGUCCCGGAUGCACUGUUGACUUCUUAAUAUGCAAUAUUUGAAGUUCAAAGGGAGCAAAAGUUCAUCCAUUACCGGCUUUUGCACCUGCUUAUGGCUUGAUGGAAAAUUUAUUGGAAAUUAAGGGGAAUGCAGGUUUACUAUAUCCAUUGAGGACCUUUGAAGAAAAUAACUGAACUCCAAAUCAUGUAUAGCGGUGACAUAGUUGAAGGUUUAAUUUUUUUUUUCUUACAAUCUUUUAAAAAAAAAAAAAUUACUUCUUCCAAGGAUUUUUUCCCUCCUGCUGAGAAAGAGGCAAAGGGAAGUUGGUUUCUUAAUCGGUGAAGCUGACCAAAUUUUUUAUUGGUAGUUAUUAUAAUCCGGAUUCUUUAACUUUUCAAUUUCUGAUCAGUUAUUCUCAGAAAUUUUGUUGUCUUGCAAGGAUGCACGAAGAAAAAUUUAGGCCCAUGUUUGUACUUAAACUGAGAUGAUCUUUCAGCGGAAGUAGAGAUUUUUAAAGAUAUUUAAUAAUUUUGAGCUCAAAAUGCAGUUAACCAGGUCUUUUAGCACAUGCGGACAACCUUGUAUGUGACAUGGAUGCUGUAACAUUUCAGAGCCUGGAUAUCUACAGACUUUUUAUUAGCUUAUAUUUUUCAUCCACAAAUAUUUGUGGUAGGCCUUACCUUAAAAUGGGUACUCUCCUUUCUUUUCCCUAUUUUCAAAUCAUUUUCCAUAAAAGAUAUUAAAUUGUUGAUGAUAAUUCUCAUGAGCUUUUAUGACUUGAGUUGAGACCCUACAACUUAAUUACGAGAGUAUGAUUUUAUGGCCAAAUUCUUCUUCUUUAAGCUAAAGAAAAUAACUAACUAAUUGUACACAACAUGGGGAAGAAAGAAAACGC